AUGCCAAAGUACAGUCCUAUCUCUGCACCACUACGACAAGCAUUGAUUAAAUGCUUUCGAGCAACCACCUGCCUGGUUCGCCCUGAACUACGUCGUCAACUCGUCUUGGUUGGCGGUGCUGCCAGCAUUGCCCAUGACUCGGUUUUCUACACUGAGGACGUGGAUGUUGCGGCCCCGAGCGAUGUCAUCUACGAUAUCUGCAAGGGAGUGAUGGACGGCGCCCUCAACUUUUCUCUCGAGCCCGACGGCAAGAUUGCGUUCGAUGGUAGCCAAGGUAUUCGUGUCCGAGUCGAUAUCAUCGAGAUCGGAGACGCUAUCGAACGAAUCCACGUAAUAGAGCCUUUUUUCGAAGGCUCUGUCGCGUCCAUGUCGGACUUGCUGAGACUGAGGGCCGUGACGGUGGUUGAACGUGGGAGUGAUGGAGAGGCUGAUGACUUUCGAUGGCUACUGGCGGAGGUGGCGAAGGCAGGACAGCUUAUCCCAGGGCUAAGCCAAGAAGAACUGGAAUAUAUGCGUGAAGCCGGGAGGUCAUGUCUGGGAAGAUUGGAUCGUUUGGUAUUAUAUAGUAUUCUAAAGCAAGAGGAUGGAAAAAUCCUCUAG